GGCCAGGUUCUGGGAUCGCUGACAUCCAGAGAAGUUUUCUUUCACGUAUCUCUUUCCUGUUUACGUGCAGAUUGCAGGGUGGAAACUCCUUACGUUUCUCCUCUGCUUGCUGUAUAAAAAGGAACUCCGAAAAUGGAACUAGCCUCUAGUUCCACUAGCGCUUCUGAUUCCUUUACUUCCCUUUGUGCUUCAUCAUUCACUCUCUGUACAUUUUUUUUUGAGCCCCAGCUGUGUAUAGGCCACUGCUGGAAAUUCACGGUUACAUAUUAGAGACUGCUCUCAAAGUUUAUUCCACUGAGAGAUCAACCAAAAGCUCCAAAACGCUGUUUCCAUGGAUCUCAAUAGUGCCAGUACUGUAGUUCUUCAGGUCUUAACACAGGCCACCAGUCAGGAUACUGCUGUUUUAAAACCAGCCGAGGAACAAUUGAAACAGUGGGAGACACAGCCAGGUUUCUAUUCAGUGUUGUUGAACAUUUUCACCAACCACUCUCUGGAUAUAAAUGUAAGGUGGCUUGCUGUGCUAUAUUUUAAACAUGGAAUUGAUCGUUACUGGAGACGUGUAGCCCCUCAUGCUCUCUCAGAAGAGGAAAAAUCUACUUUGCGUGCAGGGCUCAUCACCAACUUCAAUGAACCAAUAAACCAGAUUGCAACUCAGAUUGCAGUGCUGAUUGCAAAAGUUGCCAGAUUGGAUUGUCCUCGACAAUGGCCUGAACUGAUUCCCACUCUUAUAGAGUCUGUUAAAGUCCAAGAUGAUCUUCGACAGCACAGAGCAUUGCUUACUUUCUAUCAUGUUACUAAGACACUGGCAUCUAAACGACUGGCUGCUGAUAGAAAACUGUUUUAUGAUUUAGCUUCUGGAAUUUAUAAUUUUGCCUGCUCUCUGUGGAAUCAUCAUACAGAUACAUUCCUGCAGCAGAUUUCUUCUGGCAGUGAAGCUGCAAUUCUAAGUUCACUUGAACGAACUCUACUAUCAUUAAAAGUGCUUCGUAAGUUAACUGUUAAUGGAUUUGUGGAACCUCAUAAGAAUAUGGAGGUGAUGGGUUUUUUACAUGGGAUAUUUGAACGUCUAAAACAGUUUCUGGAAUGCAGUAGAAAUAUAGGUACAGAUAAUGUGUGUAGAGAUAGGCUGGAGAAGACCAUCAUUCUUUUUACUAAAGUGCUUUUAGAUUUCUUGGAUCAGCAUCCAUUUUCAUUUACUCCUCUAAUUCAGAGAUCACUGGAAUUUUCUGUAAGCUAUGUUUUUACUGAAGUGGGUGAAGGCGUUACAUUUGAAAGAUUCAUUGUCCAGUGCAUGAAUCUUAUUAAGAUGAUUGUCAAAAAUUAUGCUUAUAAGCCAUCCAAAAAUUUUGAAGAUAGCAGCCCUGAAACUCUUGAAGCCCAUAAGAUUAAGAUGGCCUUCUUCACAUACCCUACUUUGACAGAGAUAUGUAGAAGAUUAGUCUCUCAUUAUUUUUUAUUAACUGAAGAAGAAUUGACAAUGUGGGAAGAAGAUCCAGAAGGCUUUACAGUGGAAGAAACAGGAGGAGAUUCUUGGAAAUAUAGUUUGAGGCCUUGCACUGAAGUACUAUUUAUAGAUAUAUUCCAUGAAUAUAAUCAGACUCUUACUCCUGUACUUUUAGAAAUGAUGCAAACCCUUCAAGGGCCCACCAAUGUGGAAGAUAUGAAUGCAUUGCUAAUCAAAGAUGCUGUGUAUAAUGCUGUUGGAUUAGCUGCUUAUGAGCUAUUUGAUAGUGUUGAUUUUGAUCAGUGGUUUAAAAACCAACUUCUUCCAGAAUUACAAGUCAUUCACAAUAGGUAUAAGCCAUUGCGACGCAGGGUCAUUUGGCUCAUCGGUCAGUGGAUUUCUGUGAAAUUUAAGUCUGAUUUAAGACCCAUGCUAUAUGAGGCAAUCUGUAACUUGCUUCAAGAUCAAGAUUUAGUGGUCCGGAUUGAAACAGCCACAACUCUGAAGUUAACUGUUGAUGAUUUUGAAUUUAGAACAGAUCAGUUUCUACCGUAUUUGGAGACCAUGUUCACCCUACUUUUUCAGUUAUUGCAGCAAGUUACAGAAUGUGACACGAAGAUGCACGUUUUGCAUGUCCUUUCUUGUGUGAUUGAAAGAGUCAAUGUGCAGAUACGACCAUAUGUAGGAUGUUUGGUGCAAUAUUUGCCUCUUCUUUGGAAGCAGAGUGAAGAACACAAUAUGUUAAGAUGUGCUAUUUUGACAACGCUUAUUCAUCUUGUUCAGGGAUUAGGAGCAGACAGCAAGAACCUGUACCCUUUCCUGCUCCCAGUUAUCCAACUGAGUACAGAUGUUUCCCAGCCUCCACAUGUCUAUCUUCUGGAAGAUGGUUUAGAAUUAUGGUUAGUAACAUUGGAGAACAGCCCAUGUAUUACACCAGAGUUGCUUCGUGUAUUUCAGAAUAUGUCACCACUUCUUGUUUUGGCAGAACUAAGUUCAGAAAAUCUCAGAACCUGUUUUAAGAUCAUCAAUGGCUAUAUCUUUUUAUCAUCAACAGAAUUUUUACAGACAUAUGCAGUGGGUCUUUGUCAGUCCUUUUGUGAGCUGUUAAAGGAAAUUACUACAGAAGGUCAAGUUCAAGUGCUCAAGGUUGUGGAAAAUGCCCUUAAAGUGAACCCAGUAUUAGGUCCACAAAUGUUUCAACCAAUUUUACCCAGUGUUUUCAGGGGUAUUAUAGAAGGGGAGAGGUAUCCUGUAGUGAUGUCCACAUAUCUUGGAGUUAUGGGCCGGGUCCUACUACAAAAUACUAGUUUUUUUUCUUCACUUCUUAAUGAGAUGGCACAUAAAUUUAAUCAGGAGAUGGACCAGCUUUUAGGAAACAUGAUUGAAAUGUGGGUUGAUCGAAUGGACAACAUUACCCAGCCUGAAAGAAGAAAGCUUUCAGCUUUGGCUUUGCUUUCUCUUCUGCCAUCUGAUAAUAGUGUUAUCCAAGAUAAAUUCUGUGGGAUUAUCAAUAUCUCAGUGGAGGGUCUACAUGAUGUCAUGACAGAAGAUCCUGAAACAGGAACUUAUAAAGACUGUAUGUUGAUGUCUCAUCUUGAGGAACCAAAAGUGACAGAAGAUGAAGAACCACCCACAGAACAAGACAAGAGGAAGAAGUUGCUGGCCCUGAAGGACCCUGUGCACACAGUGUCGCUGCAGCAGUUCAUCUAUGAGAAGCUCAAAGCACAGCAGGAGGUUCUGGGAGAACAAGGCUUCCAGUCUCUCAUGGAAACGGUGGACACAGAGAUCGUCACCCAACUGCAAGAGUUCUUGCAAGGAUUCUAAGAGUAUAUGCCAAAUGGCUGCCACCUUUUUCUUGAAGCAAGCCGAAUAACCCAGCCUUCCACCUGUAUGUGAGAGCCUGCUGAGGUGACAAAGUCACUUGUGUAUGAAGUUCAAGAAACAAAGACCACACAUUUUUUACUACAAAAUACAAAGAAUAAAUAUAAAUCCCACAUAACUAAAAUCACAAACCUAUUCCUCAAAAGAAUUUAAUUUUAUAUUUAUGAAGGGGCCGUAUGUUUGCUAGAGGUACAUUUACUGACAAUAGCUGCUUAAUUUCCUGUUAAGAGAAGAAACUUUGAUUGUCUUUUAAUCAUGUACUCUUAACACUUGAGAAGAUGAAGGUUGAUGUCUAAGAUGUUUUUCUGCAACCAAAAUUAGUUAAAUUUGGCUGCCUUAUCCCUUUUUUAAGUUAAUGAAACAAGUUUGGAAAAUGACAGAGCUGUUCAGAUGAUGCAAUUAAAGAAAUCUAUAUACCAGGCAAAAGUAUAUAAAUAGUGACAAAUGUACAUUACUAAGAUUACCUUGCAAGGAGUUGUUUUCAUCUGAUAUAGAAAAUGUGUUUUAUCAGACACAUGCUUUUAUUUUCAUCUCUGUAAUUCAGUGCAGGAAUUAGUAAAAGCAUUUUUUUUCUCAUUUGAUUUUUAGUAAAUACACUUAGUUUGUAAAUGUACAUUGUAAGGCCCACAGAAGUGAACCUGUGGUACUGCAGUAGCAGGUGGGAGACCUCUGGUCGUGGUUUGUUCCUAGUUUCUUUGUUACUCAUGAAGGCCAGCAACCCUGCAAAUGCCAAGAAGAACCAGGCAGCUCCUAGUCCCCACGUGUUGUGCAGUCCUACAAAGCCACGACGGGCUGUUACACACUUACCCAGGCAUCUCAGGUUCCUUAGUGCAUGGGUACAUCGGGGCCUCGGUGAUGUGGGUGCACCUCAGAGGACCCAGCAGUAAGCCCCAGAGCAUCAACACUGACAUAACCAGUCUUCCUUCCUUGUUCCUCCAUCAUGCAGUACUUACAAAGGGGAAAAGGAGAAAAUAAAGCCUUACUUUGUUUUGUCAUUUAUUGUAAACAACAACAACAACAAACCUUUAAAGCAUUUUUUUUAGGAAAUACUCAAAAGCAAGGUUGGAAAGUGUCUUAUCUUUCUAUAGAAAGUUGGGUACAGUAUGUAACUGCGGGAAACCCACUGCCCCUUUGUAAGCUGUGGAACCCAAAAUGUCUGGGAUAUUUGAUGUUUUCAGCAAGAGAAAGAAAAUACAGUCCAAAUUAAAUUUUCCAAAGAUACCUCACCUUGA